AGUGGUUUGUGAUUAGAUUUCAACCAGAAUUUCCAAACAACUGCCGGAAUUCCAAGAUAACUCUGUUUGCAUAUGACCCAAGAUCUGAGCCACAUACGACAGAGACUUUUACCAAGACAUACCUACAACCUUUGGUAGUUUCAUACUUCCUACUAUGUGGAAUUAUAAGUAUUUUACGGCAGUCCAACGGUGAGUACAUUUUUUUUACAGGCUAUGGUGUUUAAGAAAUUGCAACCAAUGAUCGGCAUUGAACAUAUUACAUGGAAUCUUGGCGACGCCUGCGUUGGCAUGGUUGAUCAUCAUCCAAAGCAAAAAACCAAAGAGGACGGGGGAAUAUUGUGUAUGGUUUUGUUGUUGUCCUCGGUAGAGGUUGUAACUGCGUGGAUGAAGUGUUAUAAGAAGAGCGACAGAGCCACACGGAAGUAUAUCCUUGGACGUCUUGUAUGCAGCGACAAUAACACAAUCAAGGUCAGGGAGGUCCUUGAUUUGCUAGGUCUUCAGAAAAUAUACAACUAGUUGUGUUAUACCACUAGUUCUAUGACAUCAGAUGGAUAACACUUGUGUUUCUAUAUGCAUCAUUAUGUAAUAUCUAGCAAUAUAUUUUGUAUGGGGGGAAAACUUUGGGACAAGAAUGUUUAUGUAGUAUUGAAUUAUGCUAGUACUUUUAUUUAUUGAUUUAACAAGAAUCUUCCGUUUUAGAUGAUGUUUCAAUCAA